AUGGAAGAUAUUCUGUAUUAUAAAGAUUUACAUGAUCCUAUUAAGGGUGAUGAAGCGAAGCCAGAAAAGAUGACUAAUAAAGAAUGGGAGAAACAACACAAGAAGGUGAUCGGUUAUAUUCAGAUGUGGAUCAAUGUCAGUGUGUUUCAUCAUGUAUCAGGCGAGACUAAUGCAAAGUCUCUUUGGAAGAAGCUUGAGAAUCUCUAUGAGCAGAAGACCACGGGAAAUAAGGUGUUUAUAAUGAGGUGUUGGGAGACACUGGUUGUGAAAGUCAGCAACACAGCUCCAAAUGGUGUGUUAUCGAUGAGUAUGGUUACUAGUAGUUUAUUCAAUGAGGAGACUCGGAGAAAGUCUACCAGCACAGAUAACUCACAAGCACUUAUUACGGAGAACAGGGGCAUGAGCAGGACAGAGCCAGGUACAUCGCAGCAUAAUGGAGUUGCAAAGAGGUAUAAUAGGACCAUUGUGGAGAAACAGAAAACCGCCGCCACCGAGGACCCUCACCGCCCGCCCGCAUCCGACGGCGAAGCGGGACCCAACUGCCCGCCCUCUCUCCUCCCCUCCUCCUCCUCGCUCUUCGGCCGAAGAGCGCGGCGCAGCAGCACCGUCUUCGUCGGAGACGAAGGGGUCCCGCUCGAAGGCGUCAUCCGAUUCGAGAAGCCCGAUGCAACUCCUUCCAGAUUGAUCUCUUGGGCGCAGGUGGGUCUUCUAGCGGGAGGAGAUGUGUUGUGCCUUCUUUUGUUCUCUGCUAUAGGGAGGUUUAGCCAUGGAUUCCCUGUUCUUGACUUUGAGACACUUAAAACGGCUGACCCUUUUAUUGCUGGAUGGUUCUUGGGUGCCUACUUCCUUGGAGCUUAUGGGGAUGAUGGGAAAGGGCUAAAUGGUACCUCGAAAGCUAUCACUGCCACAGCCAAAUCUUGGCUCGUGGGAAUUCCGUUAGGAAUUGUUGUUAGGGCCGCAACAUCAGGUCACAUUCCAUCAACAGCUUUUAUGCUUGUAAGCAUGGGAAGCACCGGCAUCUUGUUGAUUGGAUGGAGAGCCCUGAUAUCCAAAUUUCUACCAAGUAAACAAACCAAGAAAAGUGAUGUAUACAAGCGUGGGAGUGCUUUCGAGCUCUUUGAGCUGCUCACAUCUUUGGUACGGAGGUGGUGAUUUUGAGCCGCACAUUGACAUCCUGUUCUGUAUGUAUUUUUCUUUGGCUUCACUUGUGACCAUCCUGUAUGGGUAAGUCUGAUUUUGGAAUCUUGCACAUGGUAUUUAUUGGCUCGCUAUCUGCAGUGAUGUAUAUUACAUAUCCAUGUGAUUAUUUUGAAGUAAUGAAGUUAUACAGAGGAAGCAGGAUCAAAUAACUUUCUCUUUGAUCGAGUAAGGAAGUAGAACUUCAAGCAUAUCAAGUAUUUGGAAGGGUUCUAGAAUAUAUGUAAUGCUUAGAUUAAAUAAUGCAUAUUUCUGGUGAUGAUUCUUGCUCA